GUGAUUGACAGACACACUGCAUGAUGCGUGAAUACAAGUUAGUAGUCCUCGGCUCUGGAGGUGUCGGCAAGUCUGCACUGACUGUUCAGUUUGUUCAGGGGAUCUUUGUGGAGAAGUAUGACCCCACAAUAGAAGACUCGUAUAGAAAGCAAGUAGAGGUGGAUGGCCAGCAGUGUAUGUUGGAGAUCCUGGACACUGCAGGAACGGAACAAUUCACAGCCAUGAGGGACCUUUACAUGAAGAACGGCCAGGGCUUCGCACUAGUAUACUCCAUAACUGCACAGUCCACAUUCAAUGACCUGCAGGACUUGAGAGAACAGAUCCUGCGAGUUAAAGACACCGAUGAUGUGCCGAUGAUCCUGGUGGGGAAUAAGUGUGAUCUGGAGGAUGAGAGAGUGGUGGGAAAGGAGCAGGGACAGAACCUGGCCCGCCAGUGGAACAGCUGUGCCUUCCUCGAGUCCUCCGCAAAGUCCAAGAUUAACGUCAAUGAGAUCUUCUAUGACCUGGUCCGGCAAAUCAACAGGAAAACCCCGGUACCUGGGAAGGCACGCAAAAAGUCCAACUGUCAGCUGCUCUAAUACACAGCUGUUCUGUUGCUCUGAGCCAGGUCUGAUUUGCUGCUGUGUCUGUCAGCAGUGCCAGCAUUCCGACGUUACUAAAACCUAACAUCGAAUGGACUUUCCUGUGUGGUGAUGCCCCUUUAAAAACAAAAAAAAAAAA